AUAAUAAGAAUAAAAUGAACAACACUGAAGAGGAAUCAGUUAAUAACUUUGUGCGUUAUGCAGAUACGGAAGUAGUAAAUGCCCAAGAAUACCUACACAAGCAGGAAAAAGAGAGACAAAAGCAGUAUGAGAAGGAAAUGCAAAGGCUGAAAGGUCUCAAAGACUCUGUCCCAGAGAGGCAAAUUCAGAAAUUUUUACCUAACGAUUUGUUCGAAUUCACAGAUGAAAUGAGCAGCCGGCUAGAUUCAGAGCUUAAUCAGGUCAUUGUUGAUUUCAAAAAUAAGCGCUCAAAGACACAAAAACAAAUCGAAGAAGAGGAAAGAAACGCAAAGCAGCUUUCUCGAGAGCAGAAGAUAUUGGAGCAAGCCACUCUUGCAAGCAAGGCGAAGAAGGAUGAUGCCUUAAGGGACAGUAUGAGCCAGCAACAGAAAGUACGCCAUUCUAUGGUCAGUGAAAUCGAGAUUGAUAAAAAGCAAACAGCUAUGAAAUAAAGUCCUUGAGAAAGAAGACAUUAUAAUGUAUGAAAAACUUGACCGAGGCGAAAUAGACUCAGAAAUCAGUGGCAUUAUCUUCCCUGGUAAGGACAUCGACGAGUACGGUGCCCAUCCUAAGGAAGGCGAGCAAGGUGAGAAUGACAUGGAAUCUGAUGAAGAGAGCGUCUUUAACUGAUACUGGGAGGAGUUCGAGCAAAGGGAGGCUAAAUAAAAGGGAAAGAAGUAUCGAAAUGCUUCAUGAUCCAAUGAUGCUGAUUGAGAAAUUAAAGUCUUACUCUAAAAAUAUGUAUAAAAAUUUAUCACCGGAUGAUAAAACACAGCUUAUGAACCAAAUUGAGCGGUUUUUAGACGAAGGAGUCACCCCGCUUCAGAAAUAUUAUGAUGAACUCAAGGGCGAGUUUAACAUGCCUUCCAAAAAUUUAUUGAAUUAUGAAAGGAAAGAGUUCCAGAAGCAAGUUCAGAUGAUCCGUAGAGCACAUGAGAAGGAAAUAGAUCAGGUGAAAAACAUGGCUGGAAUAAAAGCUCGUGAGCUUAUUCAUGAAGUAAUCAAAACUGCCAAUAGCACCGUUCGGAAAGAGAUGAUCAACCUCAUAAAGCAGUUCAACCAGAUGGGAAAGGACUUGUACGAUCGUGAACAGAAGAUUGUUCUCCGGGAUAAGAUGAUCUGAGAUCAGGAGCAUACGAUCAACGAUCUAAAGGUUUGCUUAUUCCAGGCCUGCCGACAACAGGAGAUACAGAAACAGGAGCUUGAAAAGCUCCAGAAAUAUCUCAAUAACGAACUGCCUGACAAAGAGAACACUGUAAGGGAGUUAAUAAGGAACUUCAUGAAUAUAGAGAAGGAUGUUGAUACUCUUGUAGAGAAGGAGCCGUACCUUCAGAAUCCAUUUGGAUUCUUUACCUCCUUUAUCAAUGUCUCUCUACAAGACCGUCAGAGUAUCCUCAAAGGGGAUGUUAUCAAUUAUUAUCAAGCUUGAAUCGAUGAACUGAAGCGGCGACUCCAACUCAAAGAGAAAGAAGUUGAGGCUUCUAUUGAAAUGAAUAAUCACUAUGUCAUUCAGAUGAAUCAGAUGGAAGAUAGAUGUAAAAAUUGAAUGAAAACUAUUGAGAAUCUUAAAACAGACCUUGACUUUACCAAGCAGAGACAUGAGAAAACCGUUGUUGAAAUUGCCACAGAUUUUGAGAAGAAGAAAAUUCAGCAUAAAAAAGACUCUCACAAUGGCAUCCAGAUUUUAAUGAAUGAACUAAAGGUUCGUGAAGUAGUUCAGCUUCAAAUGCAACAAAGGGAAGCUCAUCUGAAGGAAGAAAUACGCUCACUUAAGAAGAUCCUUAUGGUGCCUAGACUUCAGUUUAAAUAUAUGGAGAAGAUGAACUUAGAUCAAUGGAAAAAUGAGUAUGACAAGAUGUUGGAUAAAAAUCUGGAGAAGUCUCCUCAGCCCAAAUUUUCCAGAUCUACUAAGAAUGCUUAUAAAUCAGUUCCUAAAUAUAGACGGGUAACUCAUGAUAGGAAGAUUCAGUCUAUUUCUGACUUGAAGGGAGGGAAUAUAGGCUUCUCUAGAAGAAGUAGGAAGUUGAGUCAGUUUAUGGGUGGUGAUAACAAGAAAAUAUCUCCAAAGGGAAGUAUAGAGUUCCUUCCUAAUAUUUUAAAUGCAACAACUGAUGCAGGUACAACUUCCUUACAAUCUGUGAGAUAUGACAGAAGUUCUCCAUCUAUUGACAUUAGCUCUGUGUUGAAUACAUCAGCUGUGGUACAUAAUUUUGAUCAGAGAAGGUCGAAGGCAAAUUAUUCACAUUUUGAUAUUCUAAGCCAGAAAUAAAAUUUCAAUGAAA